CCAAGGACAAGCUGGAGUCUGUGAGAUGGCCUAAGUCAGAUGGGGACGUUAAAUCUCCGAGUCCCUCCAUACCUGACCUUACUGUGUCGGAAAACAUCGAGUACCGUGUGAUCAAGUCUCCGUCAUGCAUUAGUCUGGACAACGACGAUAGCGAGAUAGACGAUGCACCUGCUUGUACCAUGGAUAUGGCCUCUGAUGACCAAAGCGAUUUGCAUAUGGUAGGGUCAGAAAUGACGACCGGGGAGUCAUACUCUGCUAGAGAAGUCACAUCGCCAAAUGCAGAAGGAGGCGACACGCCAUUGGGUUAUCGGUCACUCGUAAACAACCCAGCACUCGAAAGAUCCGUAGAGGAGGCCCGAAAGCAGUACAUGAUUCUGAAACAGAAAGCUAAGGAUAAACUUGACUCCAUUAGAAUGCCAAAACCAUGCGAUGACACACAACUGAUGUCACCAAAACAUGUACCAUUAGAUCAUCCAACCUUUGGUUCGACUUCUGGAACAUACGAGCACCAAUCUGGCAAGGUUAGGGAGUCCACCAAGGAGUUAGAGGGGCUACAGAUGGACGGACAAUUUGACCAACCGCAAAAGACGAAAGGCUAUCAGCACGUGCCAAGUAUUCCUGUUUCUCACGGGGAACCAAUUAGCAAGGUCAAGGGACGAUAUACACAUGCAUGUUCAUCACGAACGGAACCACGACUUGAAAAAGAGAAAACCAUGCAAGAAAUUCUUAAGCUCGGAGAGGAGACACAGUACUACAAGGGGAGACAACGACUGUUUGAUGACGAAAGGGAAAUAUCCAAGCUUAAGAAAGAGAAGCUUAAAAUAGAGAUCGAGAUUCUCGAAAAACAAUUGCUUUGUCAUAUCAAACAGACUCACUACUGACUGAUGGAAUGUACUGAAAAGGUAAACAUGGCACGAUUUGAUUUAGAUAUUGUUGAUAUAAUGUUGGUGUAGGUUAUUG